AUGGUGCAGGACAUCAAGAUCCUGUACAACGACUGGCCGUAUGGUAUUGAUGCCGACAUUGUCCAUCUUGUCGUGUGGACCAAGUUUGAACUCGACGACGACCCCGACACGGGACUGUCUACGGCAGAGUCACAUAAACAGAUUGAUGAGUAUGUGCAAAAGACGUUUGCGACAAAGGUCAAAGAGCUGGUGUGGUUCAAGAAUUGGAAGAGUUUGAAGAGCGUGCAUGCAGUGGAACAUUUCCAUGUCAUGCUGUACAGGCCGGAUGCAGCGUUUUUGAAGGAGAUUACCAACGGCGACGUUCCGAUGACUGAGAAGUUUGAGUGA